CAGAGUUGAUAUUCUUCGAAUUGCAAAUGUUCCCAGCAUUCUCAGCCUUUCACUCGCCUUGCUAGGAUGGGUGAAGUCUCACCAGCUUCGUUCGCCGACGUUACUUUUGCUCUGAUUCAAAAGGUCAGCCCUCGUAAAAUCAAACGAAGUGACAUACCGAAUGAGGCUUUUCACGCGCUUAGAGAAAUGGUUUCAAGCGAGCUGUCAUCGAUUUCAAACCCGCAUUUUGUCGCUGCCUCACCCAGUGGCGCGCCAUCGAAUGGUAAUGCAUCGGACACUGUAAUUGAGCCUAUAAAACAGAAUUUCGGAUUGUUUGAAGACGAAGACUCGCGGAUGUCAGGAUGUGAGUCGUCAGAGGGAUCGCAGUCCCAAUUCUCAAUCGAGGAAGAACCUCAGAAACUGCUUGUGAAGAACCGUGCAGUUCACUACAGCUCGUCAGCAUCGUCAUUAUCACAGCUUACUUCAUCGACAAAACCUUUGAAGCAAAGCACUAAAGCUCGUCGUUUGACUGAAUUGCGGGCCGCUCGACGGAAAGCUGCUGAAACCGAUGAAACACAUGUAUUUGCCUGCACCGAGGAGAAUUUACCUACGGUAUUUGGGGAAUGGUACGAUGGUCUUUUAGAUGCCAACGAGCAACCAGUAAAAUGUUAUCAGCUCAUUGCCAAUUCGUUGAAAAAGUUUUUCGUAACGAAUACUUUUGGAAAUGCAGUUGAGACAAUGGUGGGCGAUUUUCUCAAAGCACAUGUUGUCCGCUCUUGUGCAGAACUGAACAGUCACUAUGAAUCUUCUCCUGCAAGUGAUGCUGAUCGCCGCUUACGAGAAACUCAAUUGCAAAUUCUCCUGGAAUUGUACAUCAGCUAUCUUGAUCCCAGCGCUUCAUCCAGGUUACCAGAAAUAGUAAAGAAAAUGCGCAUUGUAUAUUUUGUGGCCAAUCCCAGUCGCAUGCGGACAUUUUUGGAAGAACAAGUGGCUGAUAAUUUUGUCCAUCUGGUACCUAAACUGGUCGCAGAAAUUUUUGAUGAGCUGUGCAUUCAACUCCCACAUGAUCUGGAAGAGUACGACUCUGUUUGGAAUAAAGAUGAUGAUCUCUCUUUCCCACUCUUCAAUCAAAAAGCCGGUACUACAGCCCAGCUCCAGCAAAUUGACCAGUUGAUUGAAGAAGUUCAACCACAAGAACAAGAAGCUCCAGUAAAUGGAAAGGCUAAGGGAGCAAAGAAAAAGGCAGAGCAACACGUAGAAAGUGCACCAGUACAGACAGAAAAUACUUCCGAAUCACCCCCAAGAAAAACUAGUCAGAGAAAAUCCAGCCGGUUGCAUGCUCCACGCACUAUCCCAGAAACUCCUGAGGAGAAGCUUCGAGAACGUGUGAAGGAGGAGAACAAUGAGGUGGUGAAGGCUACGCCCAUGGCAAAAGUAUGCGGGAAUCCGAAGCGACGUCAUUCCAGGCUCACUGAAUUAGUACGUAUCAGCGAAGAACGCGCCAAAAUUCCUCGUGCAGCUGCCAUUGCGUCGGCUAAAGCGUGCAAGGCUAUGAUACAGGCCACUCAAAGCAUCGUGCCGACAACACGCGAAUCUCUCCUCGGAUUACACACUCCUUCACCACGUCCUCAGAGAGCAAAAUCCAACCUCCUAAGUAAAUUCGCUAAUACUGUCAACAAAGACUCGAAGAGCAAUGAUGCAGAAGUUCCCAUGCGAGUGUUACGAAGUUCAAGCACGUCCCAGAAUAACUUAGCAAAGCGUGCAACGGACUCCAAACCAAAUUCGACAGAGCCUCCUGAAAAGAAAAGUCGAUUAACGUCGUCAGCCUCAGCUCCAGCCAUCGCUCCAGCAACGCCCAACAAUAACGUUGGAAUCGAUGAUAUUCUUGGAAAAGAGCAGCUACUUAGAUUUCAACGUCGUGUGGAUGAAAUCAAUAAAAUUAAAGAGGCAGACGAGGAUGAGGUAUACUGUGAACCAAUCUUGAGAAGGACUAGCCUUUUUGAUGAAGAAGUGGUCACUCCACCAAACGGUAAAAUGCAACAAAACCGCACAAGACGAGUGGUAACAGCAUCAUCUGCUGCUCAUCUUGCUCACACUCUGCUGAAUGUAGAUAACGAUACCCCCUUGCAAGUGUGGAAGCUGCCGAAAAACUUACAAUCUCCAGAGAAAAUGCCUCGCAUGAUUCGAACUGGACUCAGUGCGGUAAAAAUGAAGAAAAUCCAAAGAAUGCGAGAGCAGAGUACAAGUACCCCUUCAACUCCUGGUAGCCAUAGAUCUGAGCGUUCCAACGAGGCAGAAUCCUUAGCUUGAUUUGAUUCACACUUUCUUGCUGCUUAGAUUGUUGAUAUUCAACUGUAUACUGUUCUUAUUCACAAAUAAUCAAACUUAAGUUGCAUUUGUUGUGUACUGUUCAUGAUUGUCGAUGAAUACCCAUACUUAUCGAUUUGUUCGAAUAAUUACGUUAAUUUAUUGUUGUUCUCAUUAUUCCUGUAUUGUAAUUUAGUUUCUAGUCCUUCCACAAGUACCGUUCAGUUGUUUGGGCCACUUUGUGAUCUGUUGAGAAUUUGCCGCAGUUUCCUCUUAGAGUGGAAAUAAAACGUAUGUGUCUUUCAGGGUCUCUUUUUUUCUCAAGUAUUGUGUGCUAUCUUAGAAUACUUCACUAUCUAUUGUUUCUAAGUUCUCUCUGUUUGUACUUACUUUUGUGAAAAUAGCUGAUAAAUCUGUUUUGUUGGUUGAAAA